GUGAAUCUGCUGCAUCUGCUGCGGUUGUUUCCAGGUUCUAAAAAAGUGAAAAUAUAUAGAAUAAAUUUGUGAUUUAGUGUUUAUAAUUGGAAUAAAGCGUCAUCAGUAGUAUCCAGUUCCGACCACCAUGGAUCAAAAUAUGGACAUCAACGCGUUCGAGGGCCGCAUCGUCAAAAUGGAAGUGGACUACACGGCCACUUGCGACGAAAAGAUCCCCCUGUGCAAGGAGAUGGCCAAGACCGAAAGCAAAUUCAACGAGGCGCUGGAAAUGCUGCUGCAGCUGGAGAAACAGACCCGAAUUGGGGCCGAUAUGGUUUCCAGUUCGCGAGUUUUGAUUGCGAUUGUCCAGAUUUGCUUCGAAGCUGGCAAUUGGAACUAUUUGAAUGAGUAUAUUACGAUUCUCGUGAAGCGGCGGUCCCAGUCGAAACAGGCCGUGGCCAAGAUGGUUCAGGAGUGCUGCACUUACGUGGACAAGACCCCGGACAAGGAGACCAAGCUGAAGCUGAUCGACACGCUGCGGACGGUGACCGAGGGUAAAAUCUAUGUGGAGGUGGAGCGGGCUCGGCUUACGAAAAUGCUGGCCGAUAUCAAGGAGGCGGAUGGGGACGUCACGGGAGCGGCUUCCAUCAUGGAGGAAUUGCAGGUGGAGACGUACGGAUCGAUGGAUAAGCGAGAGAAGGUUGAGCUGAUCUUGGAACAGAUGAGGCUGUGCUUGGCCAAGCAGGACUUUGUCCGGACGCAGAUUAUCGCGAAGAAAAUCAACAUCAAAUUCUUCAAUGACGCCGAACAGCAGGAUCUCAAGCUAAAGUAUUACGAUUUGAUGAUUCGUUUGGACAAAGAUUCGUCCUUUAUCAAAACGUCGCGGCACUAUUUGGCAGUGGUGGAUUCGGAUCUGAUUGCACAGGAAACCGAACGGCGCCAGAAGAUGAUGAUCUACGCGGUGCUGUACUGCAUUUUGUCGCCAUACGACAACGAACAGGUCGACAUGAUGCACAAUCUGUCCAAGAACAAGCUGCUGGAGGAGCUGCCCGUUUACAAAGAACUUCUUCGCCUCUUCAUGUGCAAGGAGUUGAUCAACUUCGACGCCCUGUGCACCGUCUAUGGCACCGAGCUGAACACCCUAGACAUUUUCGAUCAGGAAUCCACCCACGGCAAGAAGUGCUGGGCCGAGCUGAAGAACCGCCUGAUCGAGCACAACGUUCGCAUCAUCUCCAACUACUACACCCGGAUCAACCUGAAGCGCAUGGCCGAACUGCUGGAUCUGACCGAGGGCGAAUGCGAAGACUACCUGUCCCGGAUGGUCAAUGCCGGAACGUUGACGGUGAAAACGGAUCGUCCGGCCGGUAUCAUUCACUUCUCGACCAAGAAGGCCGCCUCGGAGAUCCUGAACGAUUGGGCCUUCGGGCUGAACGAGCUGAUGAAUCUGGUGAACAAAACGUGCCACCUGAUCAACAAGGAAGAGUGCAUCAACAACGUCAUGCCGGCCCCGAGCGUCACGUCGUCCUAGGCUCUCCUAGGCCGCUUUGAGGUUGGUAAUGCUUUUAGAAUUUACUGAAACAACGUGUUGCACUACAUAGGCAGUAUAACAAUUCGAGUACUAAUACACUUCUCUUAAAUAUAAGAAC